AUGUUCGGCAAGGGCCGCGGCAAGAAGGGCAAAGUGCCGGAAACCAGGCCAAGCUCCUGGGCCAUCCAAGGCGGUGCCGCCGACAAGAUCAUCAAUACGCCAACGCAGCCUCCUAACAAGAAGGCGAAGAAGGGCGAUGGCAAAGGGAAAGAGGAGAAAGCCGAACCCAAGAUGGCCAAUGAGCUCGCGAAGAAUCAAGCGACAGAGGAGCAAAUCGAGAGCAUCUGCGAUCUUCUGCGCUCCAACAAGGUCGAGAAGGCCCUGCAGUUUGUCCAGAAGGAGCUUGGAGACGUGUCGAAGUCCAACUCUAUGUCUGUCAAACAGCUCGGCCAGCUGGUCAACGCCGUCGGCCUCAGGAGGAGCUACCAGAAAGGCCGUCCCCUGCUUUCCUCGCAGAGACGACGCCUUGCAGUUCACCACGCUACAGCGUGGGAUCAGAAGGUUCGCCUACUUAUGGGAAGAGGCGGCAAAGGAUCAUGGCGCGACGACGACCCGCACCAUGGCUAUACACUGUGGCGUGGCUCUGCCUAUGUUUCUCCCAAGAAUUGGCCGAAGCAGCCAUGGAACAACCAGCCUCAGCGACCUGCACCAGCAUUCCCUUCCUUCGACAUGGUACCCACCUCAUCGGGUGCCAAAGGUUCACAGAAAGGGACGGACGAAGUGCCGGCCCAGGCACCUGGUGUUUUCGGUGGACUCCAGGAUGCGCUGACGAACUUCAGAAAGGCAGAGCAACGCGUCGAAAGAGUUGUGAAGAACCAAGAGCACACGAAGACGCUCUGGGAGGACUACCAAAAGGCCAUGAAAGCCGCCCUCACCAAGGAGAAAGGCAGAUUUUUGACGAGGAUGCAGAAGCUUGCAAAGGAACAACAGGCUGCAGAAAUCCACCUCGAGUCUGCCAGGGACAAAGUCAGGGCCUACCAUGUUGGCGAAGCUGUGGCGCCAGCACCGGCGGCACUAGAUGCAGAUGCGGAGAUCGACCAAAUGUUCACUCAGUGGAUGGACGACCAGCCCGAGGACCACGAUUUUCAGGGCCUUCUUUCCAGAGCCUUGGGAUCGACGACUACUCCGACGACCACCCCAGUACGGGCACCCAGGACAGUGCCGAGGUCACCACGUGUUGGCCUUGGUGGUGUCGCGGGUCAAGCUUAUGUGGCCGCUGGUCCAGAUGCAAUCAACGACCCAUAUACAUUGGCAUCCCCCAACCCACUGGGCAUGCCAACAGCUGCUGUGCCAGCACCUUCUGCUCCUCCUCCGGGCUUCGAGAAGACAUCCCCACACCACCCAGGACAGCGAGAACGUGGAAGAUCGGAUCACCGCAAGGGCAUCAAGGAAACCACCAAGACAGCGCCAACUACAGCAGCAGUCCACAGCAGUUUGGAACAAAAGCUGCAGACAAGGCGAGCCAUGACUCCCUUUGGUCUCGGGGCAGCUCCAGCUGGUUCGGACGAGGCUGCGGCGACGCCCAUCCCGCCUUCCAAACUGCUCGACGACGACACCGACAGCGAGCAGGAUGCUGCCCGAGAUCUUACUGCCGAGGAACUUGUGGCCCUACAGACCUCCAAGGGCCAUCCAGGGCCCAAUGUGGGGUAG